AUGGCCGCCCCACCCUUGUCCACCUCAACGGGGAGAGUUGUCCCUCACCAAGAUGGCUGCCCCACCCUCAUCCAGCUCAACGGGGAGAGUUGUCCCUCACCAAGAUGGCCGACGACACCCCCUCCUUCUGUUGACCACCCACCCACCCACCUCUCUGUCUCUGUGUCCCCCAUCCCCUCCAGCUGGACGCAGAGCUGCACCACGAUCCGUCGCCGUGACCCGUGCGACCUGAGCGCCCUCUCCGGCCCCUGCGUCGUGCUGUAUGAGCUGGUGGACUUCGAGGGGCUCAGCCUGACGCUGCACGAUGCCGAGACGGACCUGGCCGCCCGGGCCUUCGCCAACGCCACCGCCUCGCUGAUGGUCUCGGGCGCCCCCUGGCGUUGCUGCGCGGCGCCCGACUGCGCGGGCGAGGCCGUGGAGGUCUUCGAGGAGGGCUGCUAUCCCGACCUGGGGUCCUUCUCCCGCCUCAUUACCGCGGCCUGGCCCGUGCGGCAGAGCCUGGAGGACCCCGCCAUCCGGGUCUACACCGACACGGGGCUGGCCGGCACCCAGAGGAACUUCUCGCGCGAGGUCAACCUGGCCUACAGCGACGUGGACAACCAGGUGUCCUCGCACGAGGUGCAGGCCGGAGCCUGGGUCCUCAGCUCCGAUGGGGGCAACAGGGGGCGCAAGAGGCUGGCGCUGCAGGGCCAGGUGCUUGACUACUCGGCCUACGGGCCUGGCUCUUUCAACGACGUGCUGUCCCACCUGUGCCCGCUGAUGCAGGGCCGGCCUGUGGUGGUAGGGGUGAGGCUGGACUGCGCCCAGGCCCAGAGCACAGUGGGGAGGGAGGUGCUGGACGUGCUGCUGGUGAGCAACGUCUCGCCUCUGGAGCAGCUGCUGACGGUGACCCACGGCGUGGGCAGCGAGCUGGGGGUCAGCGAGACCUUCACCUUCUCCCGUCACACCGUGCUGCGCCAGGGGGUCACCUUCGGCGUCUCGGUCCACCACUUCCACUGGGGAUUCUUCGCCACGCUGAGCUCGGAGCUCAGGCUGGACCUGGAGCACGGCUUCCAGGUGGAGAAGGGGGUGACCGAGAGCUGGAGCCGCCAGGUGGCCAGGGAGGUGGAGGUCCGGGCCCGGGUCCCCCCCAACGCCACGGUCAUCGCCACCAUCCUGCUGCAGGAGAAGACCUACGUGGUGCCCGUGGUGCUGUCGGUCAGGCUGGGAUUCCAGGUGGUCGAGGAACGCGCCAAUUUCACCUGCGUCGACCGGACGUGCACCACCGUGGAGUAUGAGGUGCAGGACUGA